AUGCUAAAGUUAUUUAUUCUGACCCUUUUAAUAAUUACAAUUUCAGCCAGAUUGGACCAAUAAGAUCCAGCAGUUGGGAAGAAAAAUACAAGUUCAAACAAAUAGGAAAGUGAUGUUAUGAAAUACAGGAGAGCAGCUGCAAUGGCCAAAGAGGAAUUCUAGGAACUAUGCGGUCUCAAUGGUUUUGUGUGGAAAUAAACUACUCUGGUUGAUACUCAAGUUGUCUCUGGAUUCAAUUACAGCAUCUAUGGUAAGGUGUAGAAAGGAGAUUAGACAAGAACAGUCAAGGUCUCAUUUUAUAUUCCAGCUGGAUAGGAUUCCAGAAUUAAAGCUACCGGUUGCAAUAUUGUUGCUUGA